UACUCAGUGUACAACAUGCUAGCAUCAAUGUUGAGCUUCACAGCUGUAACUCUGAAGAUACUAAUGACACUUGAAAAGUUUGCAGAGAUAAACUCUCAAUUGGUUUCUUUGUAGAAUGAAGACCAUUCUCAGCAGUCAGACUGUCGACCUCCCCGACGAUGUCGAGGUCAGGUUGAAUGGGCGAAAAGUGAUCGUCAAGGGCCCCCGUGGUAGGCUCACCAGAGAGUUCAACCACAUCAACCUAGAGCUCAGCCUGCUGGGCAAGAAACAGAAGAAGCUUCGUGUGGAUAAAUGGUGGGGAAACAGGAAGGAGCUGGCCACAGUCCGCACCAUCUGCAGCCACGUCCAGAACAUGAUCAAGGGAGUCACUCUGGGUUUCCGGUACAAAAUGCGUUCCGUGUACGCCCAUUUCCCCAUCAACGUCGUCAUUCAGGAGUCUGGAACUCUGGUGGAGAUCAGGAACUUUCUGGGAGAGAAGUACAUCCGCCGCGUCCGAAUGAGGCCUGGUGUGAUGUGUUCAGUCUCAGCCGGCCAGAAGGACGAGUUGGUCCUGGAGGGUAACGACAUUGAGCUGGUGUCUAACUCGGCUGCUCUGAUCCAGCAGGCCACCACAGUCAAAAAUAAGGAUAUCAGAAAGUUCUUGGACGGCAUUUACGUGUCCGAGAAGGGAACAGUAGUGGAACAGGAUCAGUAACAGUUACAUCUGCACUUGUAGAGCGGCCUUGAUCCAGCAGGCCACCACAGUCAGAAAGAAGGACAUCAGAAAGUUCCUGGAUGGCAUCUACAUCAGCGAGAAGACCACUGUAGUGGAGCAACAAGAAGAGUAGAUGUUCACCAUGUCCUGUUAUGACCAAUAAAACUACCAUCUUUUCCAGUUA